GGAGCGUAGGUUGGACCUUGAAAAUUUUGAUCUUGAGUUGACCUCUAACCCUUCACAUUUUAACAUGGCAGCGACCAUAUGUAAAUACAGAACUAUAGUUGAGCUACAUAUGCAUAGGAUAUAAAUGUGUAUGUCAAAUGACAGGUUGUGAGGAGUGCGUUUAUAAUGGCAAAACUCUAAACAGUUGUAGUCUUGCAUAAUAUGCAAGACAUUAUUUAGCAAUCUUUCGUAAUUUAACAGGUAUUUAGCUUGGGAAUGCAUUUGAUGCAAUUAUAUGGCUUCUGAAGUGGUUUUCAAGUGACUAAAACUUUUGCAUUCAGUUAUGGAGUUUAGCAUUAGGUAACUUGAAAUGUAAGAAAGAAGUACAAAUGUAUACCGUUGUAUUUUGAGAUCUGAAAUGCACUGUUUGACAGUCGCAUAUUGCAGAGGUAUGUUUCUAGCUACAUUUCGAGGAUCCUUGGCAUCUCUGAUGAGACUUAAGCUGGAGAUGCAAAGACUGAAGCGUAUGACUGUUGUCAGUUGGGCUUUGCGGAUUCAGUAUGGAUUACAACGCAUGGGGCCUUCAUUUAACAAUUAUUUGUCGAGGAGUUACAGUUCUCAUUCCCAACAGGAGAAGGUGGAUAUGUCCAGAUUCCCAGUGGAAAACAUUCGGAACUUCAGCAUCAUUGCACAUAUAGACCACGGAAAGAGCACCCUUGCAGACAGAUUACUUGAAAUGACUGGAGCAAUUGAUAAAAGUCACUCUAACAAGCAAGUACUGGAUAAGCUACAAGUGGAACGGGAACGAGGAAUCACUGUUAAAGCUCAGACAGCAUCACUGUUUUAUUCUCAUGAAGGCAAAACAUACCUUUUAAAUCUUAUUGACACACCAGGUCAUGUGGAUUUUAGUUAUGAAGUGUCAAGAUCGCUUUCAGCUUGCCAAGGAGUCGUUCUUGUUGUAGAUGCUAAUGAGGGCAUUCAAGCGCAGACGGUAGCCAACUUUUUCCUUGCCUUUGAAGCACAACUUACUAUCAUUCCUGUUAUAAAUAAGAUUGACUUGAAGAAUGCAGACCCUGACAGAGUGGAAAAACAAAUUGAGAGAAUAUUUGACAUUCCCAAGGAGGAAUGCAUUCGGGUCUCAGCUAAGCUAGGAACAAAUGUUGAGCAAGUCCUUCAGACAAUUGUUGAAAAGAUUCCUCCGCCAAGAGCGGAUUCUGCUGACCACUUGAAAGCUCUAGUUUUUGACUCCACCUUUGAUCACUACAGAGGAGUAAUAGCCUUUGUGGCACUGUUUGGAGGACAUGUUGGAAAAGGAGACAAGGUCAUGUCAGCUCACACAUUGAAGACGUAUGAAGUUAAUAACGUUGGCAUUCUUAGGCCUGAUGAACUUGCUACUGAUAAACUGUAUGCGGGACAAGUGGGCUAUCUUAUAGCUGGAAUGAAAGCAGUGAAGGAAGCUCAGAUAGGUGACACACUGCAUUUACAAGAGCAGCCUGUCAAGCCUUUGCCUGGGUUCAAACCAGCAAAACCCAUGGUAUUUGCAGGGAUGUAUCCAGUAGACCAGUCUGAGUAUAAUAACCUUCGAAGUGCUGUGGAAAAGUUGACUUUGAAUGACUCCAGUGUUACAGUUCACCGAGACAGCAGCCCAGCACUGGGAGCUGGCUGGAGACUGGGCUUUUUGGGUCUUCUGCACAUGGAGGUGUUUAAUCAACGUCUAGAACAAGAGUACAAUGCAGCUGUUAUUCUCACUGUACCAACUGUGCCGUACAAGGUGAUUUUGUCUUCCCCAAAGCUAAUUAAGGAAUAUGGCACAGAAGAGAUAACUAUCCUUAAUCCAACACAAUUUCCUGAUAAGUCUCAUGUGGUCGAAUAUUUGGAGCCAGUGGUUCUUGGUACCGUUAUCACACCAGGCGAUUAUAUUGGGAGAAUAAUGUCACUCUGCCAGGAUCGAAGGGCAGAACAAAAGAGCAUGGUUUACAUUGAUGAUGACAGAGUUAUGCUGAAAUAUCUCUUUCCACUAAAUGAAAUUGUCGUUGACUUUUAUGACAGUUUGAAAUCUCUCUCAUCUGGAUAUGCAAGUUUUGAUUAUGAAGAUGCCGGAUAUGAACCAGCAGACCUUGUUAAAAUGGAUUUCUUGCUAAAUGGCUGCAAAGUAGAAGAGCUUACAACAAUAGUACACAAGCAGAAAGCACACUUUAUUGGAAAAGUAAUAUGUGAAAGGUUGAAGGAUUCCAUUCCUAGACAGCUGUUUGAAAUUGCAGUUCAGGCAGCCAUAGGCAGCAAAAUCAUAGCCAGGGAAAACAUCAAAGCUUAUAGAAAAAAUGUCCUGGCAAAGUGUUAUGGUGGAGAUAUAACUCGGAAAAUGAAACUUUUAAAGAGGCAAGCUGAAGGGAAAAAAAAAAUGAGAAAGAUCGGUAACGUGGAAGUACCAAAAGAUGUGUUUAUUAAUGUUUUAAAAAGACAAAAAGAUAGGUGAAAGACAACAUUCAAAGAAAACUUGAUUUUAAAAUACUUUAAAUUAUGUAAACUUUUGUAUAUUGUUUCAAGAGCUGUGCUGUGAUGUAAAAGAUUUUUAUACAUUAAAACAUAUUUCAAAAAAAGA